AUGACUGAUAAAAACAAAAACUCCCAAUUUUAUCAAGAAUUAAAUUAUGUUGUUAAACCAAAAAUUGACCAUAUUAAAGAGUCAACCGGAGGGGAUUAUGUUCUUCAAAAUUCUUCAAAAGAUCGCCGUUACAAUUCGGAAUGUUGGAUGUCUUCAAAUCCAAAAGAAAAUAAUAGUAAUAAAUCAAAUACAUCAAAUAUGUCCGACAGUCAAAAAUACCAAAAUUUUCAAAUAUCCGCUCCAAAGUCCAGAUAUGUCCCUCCAAGCAUGUCUAAAAAAAGAGAUAAAGACGCGGUAUUGUCGGAAAAUCGUUUUAGCUCAUUAGCUAAUUUAUCUAAUACAGAUGACAAUCCUGGUAUUUCUUUUAGUUCCGAAGUAAAAAACCGUGGACCGGUUAUGGGAGGAAACAAUUAUAACCAACAUCCCAAAAAAUACGAUGCUAAUUUUUAUACGGAAAGGCGUGGAUAUAAUGACAAUAGUAAAAACAACAGAUAUGGUGGAAAUAGUAAUAACGGGAGUUAUUAUAAUUAUAGCAAGAAUAGGAAUAACAAAUACAAUAAUUUAGACAAAAACACAAAAGACAGUGGCUAUUUAGAUCUCAAUAAAAUUCCCGAACAAAUCAACAUUGCGUCCGUUGCUGAAUUCCCAGUUUUGUCCAACCGAAAUGAAAAAACCAAACUUUGUGAAUCAUGGGGAAAAAAAGACACAACUGAAAUGACAAAACCUGUGUUAAAUUCUCUUAAAAAAAUCGAAUCUUCGGAAACAGAUAAAAAAAACGAUGAAGAAAUACUUGAUGGAUGGUUCGAAAUACCUUGUGAUAAACCAAUAAAUAAAACACCUUGUGUGAAAAAAUUACUGUCUUUUGCGGAUAUCGCAAAAAAAGACGACCAAUCAUCUAUUGUCCAAAAUGACGGUUUGGAAAAAAAGGAAAACAGAGUGAGCGAAAUAAACCAAUUUAUAAAACUCCCGCCAAAACGAUUUAAAAAACCCGCACACAAAACAUUUGGAAUUUUCAGUGACUACAACGAUAAUGAUUACAGUUAUAACAAUAAUAAUUGUGGUUAUGGUAAUGAUUAUUAUAAUUAUGAUGAUGCUUACUACCCCCCCGAUGAUGAUUAUAACACAAAUGAUUGCAACUAUGAUUAUAAUGACAAUGAUAGUUAUAAUAAUAACAAUAACAAUAGUCGAAACGAAUGCGAGGAUUAUGACGAGGAGUUUUGGAACCACAAUUUAUAA